AUGCCUAAGCGCGUUCACAGCGCUAGUGAUCGCGAUGAUGAUGCUGAACCAUCUAGUAAUCAAAGUGCACCGAAACGUACUCGAAAAGCAAUUUAUGAUCUAGAAAUUAAUGAUAUUUGUCAAGAAUUAUAUGAUGCUAUACGUGCUUAUAAAUCUGAAGAUGGUCGACUUGUUUGUGAAAAUUUUAUACGUUUACCAAGUAAAAGAACACAUUCAGAUUAUUAUACGUUAAUAAAACAACCGAUUGAUUUAAUUCGUAUACAACAAAAAAUUCGUACUGAUGAAUAUCAAACAUUGGAACAAUUUAUUGAUGAUAUUGAAUUACUUUUAACAAAUGCAAGAACUUUCUAUCGAAAAAAUUCCAAUGAAUGUCGUGAUGCAAACGAUUUAUCAAAAUAUUUCUAUUCAAGAUUAAAUAAUGAAAAUUCAAAUCAGAAACGAAUUUUAAAAAAAAAUCAUGAAAUAGAUAAUGAAGAAAUCAUUGAAAAAAAACGACGUGGAAGUCGUCAAUCAAAUGGUAUAUUAACAAAUGGUACAACUAUAAAAAUUGAACAUGAUGAAUCAAAUAAUAAUAAUAAUGAUAAUAAUUUUUCCAUUGAUCCAUAUUAUUUCGAAGAAUUUUUUACAGCUAUUUAUAAUGCAAAUAUCAAUGAACGUGUUAUGUCGGAAAUUUUUUUAUUUUUACCAUCACGAAAACUUUAUCCCGAUUAUUAUUUAAUUGUAACAAAUCCAAUUGAUUUAAAAAUGAUAGCAACAAAAAUACAGAAAAGUCAAUAUUUAACAUUAGAUGAUAUGGAAAAUGAUUUAUUAUUAAUGAUUUCUAAUGCAAAAAAAUAUAAUGAUCCAAAAUCACAAAUUUAUAAAGAUGCAUGUGCAUUACGAAAAUUGAUAACAACAGUUCGACAUGAACUUGAAUUAGCUUUAAAAACAAAAAAUGAUCGAUUAAGAUUACGUAAACGUGAUGUACUUUUAUCAUCAGAAAUUGCAAAUAUAGAUUAUCCAGAAGAACCAGAUGAUGAAGAUGUUAUACGAAUACAACAAGAUCGACAACAACAAAAUGAUGAUGGAAUUGAUUCAGAUACAAGUUCACUUGGUGAAGAAGAAGAUUCUUUUAGAAUUUUAUAUAAUGCUGUUAAAACUUAUAAACUUGGUGCACAAAGUCUUAUUGAUCCAUUUAUGAAAUUACCUAAUAAAAGAUUUCAUCAAGAUUAUUAUGAAGAAAUAAAAAAACCAAUUGCUAUGUCAUUGAUUAAAAAAUAUAUUAAAUAUAAACGUGAACAAGAUAUUGUAGAUGAUUUAAAUCGUAUGUUUACUAAUGCAAAAACUUAUAACGUUGAUGAAUCAUAUAUAUACAAAAAUGCUUGUCAACUUGAAUGUGUAUUAAGAAAUAAAUAUAAAAAAUUAAUGAAUAAAAAAGAAAAAUUUAUUAAAAAUUUAGUGUCAAAUCGUACAGUUAAUCAAGGAAUAAUAAAAAAAUCUUUAAAUUCUUCAUCAUCGAAUACAAUAAAUGAUAAAUUAAAUAAUUUAAUUCAAACAAUAAAAACUUAUACAGAUCAUCAUGGACGAAUAUUAUCUACAGUAUUUUUAACAUUACCAUCAAAAAUUGAUUAUCCAGAUUAUUAUGAAAUAAUUCAACGACCAAUUGAUCUUAAACGUAUUGAAUCACGUCAAUACUCAUCAAUUAAUGAUUUAUCUAAUGAUUUACAACUAAUGUUAGAUAAUGCUUGUUUAUAUAAUGAACCUGGUUCAACUAUUUAUCGAGAUGCACUAACACUUCAACGAGUUUUAAUUAAUGAAAGAAAAAAAUUAACCAAUGCCGAAUUUAAUGUUAACAAUGUACAGAAUUUAGUUCAAGAUUUAAUAUGGAAUUUAUUUAUACAAACAUUUAAUGCUGAAGAUUCCAACGGUCAUUUUUAUACUGAUUCAUUUGCUGAAUUUUCAGAACAAACUGACAAUGAACCAUUUGAUAUUGUAUAUACAUACGAUCUGAUUAAACAAAAUCUCAAUCAACGACGUUAUCGACGAUUAGAUAUUUUUCAAGAUGACUUAUUUAAAGUAUUUGAACGUGCUCGAAAAUUGAGUAUUAAUGAUUCUCAGAUUUAUCAAGAUACAAUUGAAUUACAAAAAUACUAUAUUCGUUUACGUGAUGAAAUGUGUUCUCAUGGUAGCGUACUUCAAUCACCAGCACUUUCAUUUAAUGAAAAUGCUUUACAACAAGAACUAGUUCGUGAACGAACAGAAAAAGAUGCAUUAAUUAAUAUUAAUAAUCAGAACAGUAUAUCAACAAUAAAAUCAUCUGAUACAGAUGAAAACAAAGAAUCUUUCACAAAAUCUACAUUAUCAACCGAAAAUAGUUCAUUAUCAAAAGGUGAAACAUUCUAUAUUGGUGAUUUUGUUUAUAUUGAACCAAAUGAUGAAACAAGUGAACCACAUAUAAUUUGUAUUGAAUCAUUUGAACAUAAAGAUAAUGAAGAUUAUUUUAAUGGUUUACAAUUUUAUCGUCCCAAUGAAACAUAUCAUUUACCAAAUAAAAAAUUUCUUCGUCAAGAAGUUUUUCUAACACAAACAAUUGAACAUAUACCAAUGAAUAAAAUUCAAGGUUUAUGUCAUGUUUUACAUGUAAAAGAUUAUUUUAAAUAUCAACCUAUUAUUGAAAAUCAAACAAAUAUAUCAUUAAAAUUUCAAGAUUUAGAUAAAGAUAUAUAUGUAUGUGAAUCACGUUAUAAUAUAAAAACAAAAGUUGUUAAAAAAAUUAAAUGGUGGAAUUUACCAGAAAAUAAACGUAUUAAAUUAAUUCCAAGAGAAACUAUACUUGAACCAAUACGUGAAUCAUUAACACUCAAUAAUGAUAAUAUAUUAAAUCGACAAUUAAUAACAAAUAAUGAUUUAACAAAUGUUGAUAUAAUUGAAAAAAUUAAAGAAACCAUUCCAUAUGAUUCUGUUAUUAAUGAAAAAUUAAAUGAAAAUUUAACAGAAAAAAAACAAUUUUAUGAACAAAUUGUUCUUUCAUUGAAUUGUUUUUAUAAAAUUGGAGAUUAUGUUUAUAUUCAUGAAAAUAGUAAUCAAUUAGAUAAACGAUCUAUAUUACGAAUCGAUAAAAUUUGGAAACAUAAUGAUUCAUAUACAAUUAAUGGUCCACUUUUUAUUCGACCAUGUGAUAUAACUAAUCGAGAACGAUUAAUAAUAACAACAAAAUCUUCUUAUGAACACGAAAUUUUUAAAUGUGAUGGUUUAAAUAGACAAAUUUUAGUUGAAAAUAUUAUAGGAAAAUGUUCCGUACUUUCACUUAAACAUUAUUGUACUUACCGCUUAACUGAAAUUCUUGAAUGUGAUGUUUAUAUAUGUGAAUCACAAUAUAUUCCUGAUGAUCAUAGUCUUCGACCUUUAACAAAAGGAUUAAAAAGACCAUCAUUAUCAUUGAAAGCAUUAGCCGAUGAAAUCUGGACUUUUCGUAAAGAACUAUUGCUUCAACAAAUAAAACCAAAGGAUACUCCUGGUGGCCCGUUCAAAUUGAUCGACGAUGGCUCGUUUAUGGACGUGGAUGAUCAAACCAAUAGCAAUCAUGCCAGUAACGUCGAUGGAGAUGAGCAUCAAUCGAAUCAUUUGAACUUUGAGACGGCCAACAGUAGUAAUAAUAACAAUACGAAUAAUAAUCUGAAUACAUCAUCAGUACAAAAUCGAAAUAAUAAUAGUCGUAAAAAUAAUCGACGUGGAUCAUCAGCUCGUGCACCUUGUGGAUACCUUGUAUUUGCAAGUGAAUCACGAAAACGCCUCAUUAAAGAUAAUCCGGGCAUUCCAUUCGGUGAGAUGAGUCGAAUGAUUGGUGAUCAGUGGCGACGAUUGACCGCAAGUGAACGUGAUAAAUAUGAAGAAAAAGCGCGUGAACGAGCAAGAGAACAAGAGGUUAGUAGUGCACCAACAACACAAGCAACGACUAACACUACUACAACAAAUUACGAUUCACAUAGUAUGCCAGUUAUUAAUACACAACGAAUAGUAAAUGGUGGUGUUACAGUAAAUGGACAUUAUCAAACAAAUCCAACUUUGUCAAAUGUUCAUUCAAUGAAUGGAAAUAUACAAACAAUACCAAAACCACCAGCAACUGCAAUCGUUACAUGUCCACCACGAACACAACGACUUGUUCAUUCAGAAGCAUAUUUAAGAUAUAUUGAAAAUUUGAAACCUGAUAAUCAAUUUAUAUCUGAUUGGCCAAAACAAUUAAAAGCUUCAAUGAAUAAUAUAUCAAAUACAAAUAAUGGAAAUAAUACUUCACGAACAUUACCAUCGAAUUGGUUUUUAAAUGGUAGUCCCGGUCUUUAUAAUAAUGUUCAUGAAGCUUUGUGGUCAAUGAGAGAUAAUAUGUGGUCAGACGUUAUUCGUAUUCGAAAUGUACUUUCAGAUGAAUGGUAA